CCAUCUCCGUUUUCUCUAAGUAAACUUCUCAUUAUCUAAUACACACAAAUGUCAGUCAACAAAAAGAAGCUGGUCCUCAACACAGUUCCAGUCAGCUUAGGCUGCAAGAAAUUGAAGCUCACCAGUUUCUUCAACCCUAAACCCAAACCCAAACCACAUUCUCCUUCAUCUAAAACAACAACACAUUCUUCCUUGUCCGAAUUCGAAACCCCCACCUCGUUUUCUCCGAGCUCGGACACCACCACUCAGUACUGGGACAUGGACAUGGGAACAGACAAGGAAACCAAGGGUUCAACGAUUACGGUUCGAGGGUUUGGUCGUGUCGGAGGGGAGAGUCUGGCGGUGGAGAAAGAGUCCGAUGAUCCUUACUUGGAUUUCAAGUACUCAAUGCUGCAAAUGAUACUGGAGAAAGAGAUAUAUUCGAAAGUUGAUUUGAAGGAGCUUCUCAACUGUUUCUUGAAGUUGAAUUCUCCUUAUUACCACGGGAUCAUUGUUAGAGCUUUCACUGAGAUCUGGAAUGGGCUGUUUUCCAUCAAGCCCCGUGCCGAUUCCCCCAUGCCGUAUUUCGGAGGUUUUCAUUAA